AAUUGACUAUACUAUUACAUCCCUCUAUUAAACUGGCUCCCCUCACAGAUCAGCUCUUGCUUGGCACCCCACAGCUACUGCCUCCGUAUGAGAGGCAGCAGCAUGCAGUAACACAAUUUAAUUGACUAUUCAAUUAACUAACAUUUAACAUCCCUACUCCCUUGCAUGAUGCUGUGUAUAUGAUGCCUCUGAUUCUAGGCUAGGGUGAUUAAUAGUUGUGGAAAACAGUGUCUAAAGAGCUAGCAACGCCUGUACAAGAUGUGUGGCUGUCGACUAGACGUGACAUCACAUCUGUGCUUUUGGAGGUAUAGUGGGAGUGUUUCUCCAGCCUUUUUCAGUGCAUGUGUAUAUGGUCAUGCUGCAGAACCAAUUGUUCUUACACAGAUUGAAAAAUUCAUAUAAUUUCUAUAUCAAAAGCAAUCUGUUAGUGGCUAUAUUUUAAAGCACUCAGUUUUUCUGUUGGUAGCAAAGGGACAUGAGACAUCUUGUGGACAGAAUUUUGCAAUUCGAACACUGGGCUGUGCCUCACAAUAUUCACUUCUUGACCUAGAGAUGCUCUGCCAGGUCUGUCAUUCAAUAAUAAGUUGAAUUAUUUUUGAAAGCAGAGUUAUCUGAAAUAAGGUGUUUUACUACCAAAGCAUAGCCUUCUGCUAUGAAUAGGGGAAAUGCAGGGUGCCUUACCUACUGUUAUGCUGGAUGUAGAGUCUAACAUUUUAUUUAUUAAUCAGUGCUCAAGCAAGAAAUGUUCCAUAGACACAAAGAGGCCCAGCAAUCCUGCAAACCUCACAACUUGCCAAUUCUUAAAGCAGCUCAGCACAGGGAGCUGGAGGCUAUGGAGCAGCGCAUUCAAGAGGAACAGCGACUGAUGGAUGAGAAAAUAGUCUUUGAACUGGACCAGAAAGUAGUUGACCAGCAGAGCACCCUGGAGAAAGCUGGAGUGUCUGGAUUUUACAUCACAACAAACCCACAGGAGCUGAUUUUACAGAUGAACUUGUUAGAGCUGAUACGGAAGUUACAGCAGAAGGAAUCACAGUCAGAGUCUUCUUACUCUUGAGGGUUCAGCUUCUCUUUUUCCAGACUCUCCCACUGAAAUUCACACUAAAGAAUAGGCUACUUAGAUCAUAUGCUCUGUAACACCAGAAAGAAGCUACUGGUCACCAAGAGUACAGGAGACAGUGGAAAUGACUGGAUUGCUUUGAGGGGGUAUCAUGCAGCGUGGACACUUACAAUCAUUGUGCUCCCUCUGCUCUCAUCACUUGGUCUCUGUUUCUAAUUGCCUAUGUGUUCAUGACCCAGCUCCUCUUUCAUCUGUUGUGGAAUUUACAGUGAUUUCCAUGUUCAGAUUAGUGAAGGUUACUAAUAACUUGUUUCAGAAUAAAAAUAUUAAGUUCUUUAGAGGCCCGUGUUUUGUCCAUUGUGGACCGUUCCACCCAGACUCCCCACUUUGGGGUGAUGUGGUGUGGAAAAUGUGCCCACAAGACCAGAGAUAGUUUCUGGCACUUGGAGAGUAUGUGUAAGGCACAAGAUUUCUCAAGGAGGGCAGUGGUCUUUGUGUACACUGCCAACAUAGUUGGUUCUAUUAACACACCAGAGACCAGAGCGUGUUCCAUGUGACCAUGGCAGCCACCAUGCAGUUAGUGUUCUGGAGGCAUUGUUCAGCGUGCUCAGGUGAGUGGCUCUAUCUGGAGAGCAGGGAAAUGGCUGCAUUAUCUUACUGAUCUGUGUGUAUCUGAGUGGUUCACUCUGCACCUCAAAUGCAGCCUUGCCUUGCUGUUUUGAGGUGUGUGUUUGAGUCAUCAGUAAAGAACAGCAAAUGAUGGGAUAUCAUUUAACAGUUUCUAGUAUCAAAGGCAGGAGCUUAGUAGGCAUCUGGCUGAAGUAAGCCACCCUUCCCAAAACAACUUGUGGGCCGAUAAUAUAGGUUUCCCUAAUGGUGGGCUAUCACUUCUCCCACCUGAAGGACAAAGACAAGACUGUCAGCCUAUUUUGGAAUUGUGAGGGCAAGUGUGUAUUUUGCCUGUCUGGGUCUUCACCUUAGUAUUGUAGGGGGAUGCUAAAGGUUAUGUUACUUUAAAAUGUCUGUCUCACAAUGUUUAAAAAUAAAUAAUUAAUCUGUAAUUUA